AUGAAUUAAGAAAAAAAUAAUUAGGAUGAUUUUGAAAUUUUAAGUGAUACAGAUUAGCAAGAACAAGUAAAAAAGGAUAGUCUUUAGCACUAAAAUUCCAAUCAUUCAUAGCAAUCUUCUAAAUCCUCUGUUAAAAAUGAAUAAAAUACUAGAGAUAGAUAGAUUUCUAAAGAGGAAUUUGAUUAAUAUUUAAAAGAAAAGAGAAAGAACAGCUAAUUAAUGGAAAGGGCUUAAACUGCUAAGCAACCUUCUUCUACAUAAGCACCUUAAUAAGUAGCAGCUAAUCAAAGCACAUAAAAAAAACCGCAAAGUGGAGUUGCUCCAAAAUAGGAGUAAAAAAAGAUAAAUAGAGAUGUUUAAUCAGCAGUUCUCCUUAAUUAGCCUCAAAAACAGAAACCAAGUGAACUACCUCAAAUACAAAGAAAAUAUUUUUUACCAGCAUAUUCAGCCACAACUAAUAAUAAAGAAGCUGAAGGAAAAGGGUCAAUGUUCUUUAACUCUACUAUUGAAGCAAACUCUACUAAAAAUAAAUUAAACAGAAACUGGUCUGCAACAAGCAAAUUCACAUUGAAAUAGUUCUCACUUUUAAAACAAAAUCCUACAAAAGUUGCUCCUCCUUUAAUAAUUCAUUUAGAGCCCGAAGAUGAAAAUUAUGAUGAUUUACGUGAUAAAUUAUGGGAUUAGGUUUAUUUUACUAAAAAUUAAAUAAAUGAACUCAAUCAAGACAACAAUAACUUGAGAGCAAAAGUUUGGAACAUUGAAAAAGAAAAUAGAAAAAUGAUUAAAUAAAUUGAAAAUUGGAAUCUCUACAAGGGUGUUAUCUUUGAUGAAGAAAAUAAACCAUUUGUAGAUAGUGCUACUUCAGAAAAAGUAUUCACUGAUUAAAAUUUCUAAGCAAUAUCUAUGAAGAAAGAAAUCAAGCAAUUACAAGAGGAAAUAAAUGAGUAAGAAGGAAUUAUCAAGGAAUUGCGUCAAAAAUUAAAAGCAACUAAAGAAGAUCAAGUAGCAAUGAAAGACUAGUUGCAUGAAUCUCUAAAAGAAACAUUAAUAGCUUACUAAAUAAACAAAGUCCAAAAAUAAAACAAAACACAAGAAAUGUCUAAAUUAAAACUAGAAAAUAUAGAGUACAGAAAACAGCUUCUUUAACAAAGUAUUUCAGAAAUAAUAGAAAAAAAUAGAGUAUUAAAAUUUAUGAUAGAAGUUUAGCAACAGACAUAUGAGAAGUCAUUGGAAGAAUUAAAAUAAUAUCAAUAAAAGAUUGAGAAGAAAGAAAUAGAAGAAGAACAGUUAGAAAACGAACUCAAAGAGAGGAUCCCUAGUGGGGAGUUGAAAGAAUUACCUUAAAAAAAUCAAAGAAAACAAUAAACUAGAAUAAGCUCUGUGGCAAUAUCAAAAAAUAUUGAUGAAUAAUUAGAAGAAAAAGAUAUGAUAAUAGAAGAGCAACAAAAAGAUAUCUAGAAAAUAAAUUAUGAUAUGUAAGAAAUAACACGUAAUUCUAUUCUUGAGAAGCAAGAUCUUAUGAAGGAAAUAAAUGAUUAUAAAGAAUGGAUUAGAGAAUUGGAAGAAAAGUAUUUGGUUUUAUAAUCUAGACACUCAAAACGUCUAAUCAGAAAUAAUUAAUAAAAUACAAAUAAUUACUCUAUAGGUUUAACAUAAUAUGGAUCUAAUUCCUAUUUUUCUAAUUCAAUUUAAGACAUUCCAGACUAUAUAGUCAAGGAGAAUAUGGUAGCUAAAAAUACGAAUCCCUUAGCAUUUAAAUGA